AUGGCCAUCACAUCAAGCUGUUGCUCCUGCACCGCUGGAAAGACAAAAUGGAAUGUGCAUGAUAGCGAAAAGAAUCAUGAUGCCCCCUUCCGAAUCGACAUGCACACCCAUAUCAUGCCGCCAUCCUUACCCGAUUUUUCAAAGUCCUGCGGAACUUCAGCCGACGAUACUGAAGGAUGGAUGAACCUCAAAUCUCACGAUGUUUCCAAUUCCGACAGCAACGAUAGAAAAGGCACGUCUACCAAAAAGGUUGAUAUGUUUGUGGGCACCAAAUUCUUCCGAACAGUUGAGCCGAAUUGCUUUGACCCAAUUGUACGCAUAGCGGAAAUGGACGCGACCGGCGUAAAUAUCCAAGUGAUCAGCACUGUGCCGAUUUUAUUCUCAUAUGACAAGCCUAUUGAGCCGUCGAUACAGCUAGCACGGUAUCUGAAUGACCACAUCGCAUCGGUCUGUCGCGAAUAUCCCGAUCGGUUCGUGGGACUGGCAACCGUGCCGCUACAGGAUGUCGCUGCGUCCGUGAUAGAGUUGAAGCGUGUGAAAAUGGAACUGCGACUUAAGGGAAUUGAAAUUGGGACGGAAAUAAACGGGCGGUCCCUCGAUGACCCAUGUUUUGAACCAUUUUGGACUGCUUGUGAGGAUCUGGAUAUGCCGAUAUUCAUCCAUCCCUUGGGGUAUGAGUUGGAAAGGGAGAAUAAGAGUCGAUGGGGAAGUUAUUGGUCUGCGUGGCUGAUCGGAAUGCCCAGCGAAACCGCCCUCGCAAUUCACGCCAUUCUCUCAUCGGGCGUCCUGGUCCGCCACCCCAAGCUCCGCCUCUGUUUCGCACACGCAGGAGGUGCCUACGUCCCACUGCUAGGACGAAUCCAACACGGAUACGACUGCCGACCGGAUCUAGUUGCCCAUAGCUCAGAAGGAAUAUCGCCUCAAGAAUAUCUACAAUCUCACCAACACAAUAUCUGGCUCGAUAGCCUGGUGCAUGAUCCGGAGCUGUUGCGGCUGAUUUGCAAUAAAAUUGGACCAGAUCGGAUCAUCAUGGGUAGCGAUUACCCUUUUCCACUUGGCGAGAUGCCUGUUCCUGGGAACAUGUUGGUAAAUGACAAGGUUGUUGGUGAGAUGUUUUCGCAGGAGACGCGAACACAGAUGUUGGCUGGGAAUGCGAUCGAGUUUCUGGGGCUGCAUAAUAUGUUCAAUUCGAAGAGUUAG